AUGUCGUCCGGCAGCAAAACCUACAUUGUCGAGCAUCUCGACCCGGAGCUCGGGGCCUGGUCGGAGCUCGAGUAUCUCGCCAUCGCCCGCGAAUCGCACGAGGCCGGUUCCAACUUCUGCCUGUCGUCUCUUCCGCCUGCCUUCAAGGUGCCCGAGGCGCUCACCAAGAUUCCCUCCUUUACAGCAGAAACCAGGGGCGUGGAGGAGCUCUAUGCGAGUGACAAGUCCCGCGUGUGCUUGCUCGACCCCGCUGCCGCAAGCGACCUAUCGCCCGAGGAUGGAAACAAGUUCGAUGCGUUUCUAUUUGGCGGCAUCCUCGGAGAUGACCCCCCGAGGGACAGGACGUCUGAGCUGCGCAAGAAGGGCUUCGAAGGCCGCCGGCUGGGCCCUGUCCAGAUGACCACUGAUACGGCGGUCAGGGUCACUCGCAUGGUUGUCGAGGGCAAAACCCCCCUGAAAGAGAUACCCUACCUCGACCACCCCGAGCUCAAGUUCAACGAGCACGAGAGCACCCAGAUGCCGUUCCGCUACGUCAAAGGAGAAGAUGCAAAGCCCAUCAUGCCCGAGGGUAUGGUGGAAUUGAUCAGGAAAGACUCCGACAAGGCGAUCGACGACAUGUUUUGA